CGACCGUUUACUUUGAAGCCACAACGAGAUGAUCUUGACGGAAGAAAAGAAAGACCAGACGCUUCUCUCUGUCCCGUUCGAGCCGUCCUGUCCAACUCCUUCAUACUCUACGCACACCACAGGCGUCUCGAGCGACGGUGCAAGCUCGUACCGUUCAAGGUCACCAUCAGUCUCAGGACCCUCUGUCGCUCCGUAUCCGGCCCUGCAGACAUUCUCUCCAGCAUCUGCUUAUCCACGUCCUCUCAAUCCCUCUUCCUCCCUAAGCCGCCUGCCGUCAGACACGAUCCGUCCCGCUGCGUUCAAACCCAUCUUUGUCUAUGCAGAAGGGAACUCACUCAGACGUGGAUUCCCACAUCUACAGCCUCCGACCCGAGAUCCGGAGCUGCCUCAUCCCUUCCUUAUGCACGAUGUCCUUGAGCACGAUUGGUUACAAUUCGUGGAUGAGCUACGCGAGACGGCUCGAUUGACAGACAAGGAGCACCUGACUGCAAACUCAGUUCCAGUCCUCUCCGGCAUUCCUUUCAUCAAUUGGGCAGUCGCUAACGCUGUCACAAGGCAUCAAAAGGGUAAGAAACCUCGCCUGGUCGGCAUGUUAGUGGAUAAGUGGAACCAUGUGGGUAGCAAUGUGGAGCUGCGUGUGGAUCAACCUGCCCUCAUCACAUCUUCUCAACAGCAUUUCUUCCAUCCCCGGCGACUCCAGGUCAUCCUGAUGCGGGGCGCAAGUAAAAUGAGCGGACAGAGCGAUCAGCCCAUCGCGGGAUUGUAUACUCCCGAAAGUUCCAAUUUCAACCCUCCGGUUUUGGAGGGAAACCCUUCCGCUGAGAAGAUUUAUCGACUGUUCGUCGUUUCUCUGGAGGCGUGA